GAUAUGCUGUUUGACAAGAAAGAUCUCAUGCCCUCUGGUCCAUAUCCAGGGUUCGAUGAGACCAACAACUACUACACUCCCCGGAAGGCACCCAGAGUGAGGCCAGAAGCUGAAGAGUUUGCCAACAAAAAUAAAGGUUCUCUCAAUCUCUUUGGAAGUGGAACACCUAAACCUAUUCCACAAACUUCAAGGAGUGAGACACGAUGUCAGACGGAAGAAGGCAAGAGAAAUCACGAACAUGGAAAGAAUGGCACUGUGUCUUGUCUUUUGAAUGGAUCAGCUACAUCCCAGCCAGAAUAUGCUCUGUGUCCCAGAGUGAAACCAGAAGCGGAAAAUAUUGCUGAACACCAUAAAGGAAAAUCCACUAGUGAACUAUUUAGUAAUCAUGGAAGGCUACCUGCUUCCGCUCGUAAAGAGCCGAGAGUUAAACCUGAAGCAACAGAAACUGCCAAGAAAAGUUCAGGAGAAUUUAUGCGUAACCUUAUGCAUGAUCCCAGUAAAAUCCCCCAAUCAGGGAGAAAGGUACCGAGAGUAAAAUCAGAGGCCUCUACAACAGCAAACAGGGAGGGUGCAGAGAUGAUGAAAAAUUUACAAAGAUUUGGUACUCCUUUGUCAAAUCGCAUGCCACCUCGUGUUAAACCUGAAGCAGAAGAAAUUGCAGAGAAGCAUCAAGGUGGGUGCAUGAGCAGUAUAUUGCAGAAAUAUGGAAAUAAUCCAUGUGAUAUACCUAAUCCGCCAAGAGUCAAGCCAGAAGGGGAAGAAAUUGCAAAUUUGGACAAAGGAGGACGCAUGGACAGACUGAUGUAUGAAGGCAGCAAAGCUCAUCGGUCUCCACGUCUGCCACCUAGGGCAACUUCAAAGGAGGCAAAAGCCAUUGUCCGAAAGAAUCGAGGAACAAUGCAGGCCAUUUUAUCUUCAACUGGAAGUCAUAUGCUUGUUCCCUCUGUGGGAAGAUAGUUUUUUAUUACUAAUUAUCCUCAACUCCCUAAAGUCAUCUUUUAAAAAAAAAGUUUGGUUGCCCUCUUCGGACCGACUGGCUAAAAUGGUCCGACUCAAAACUUUUUUUAACUUCCAGGAAGCAAUUAUUUUUCAUGCCUUCUGGAAAAAAGUAUUUUGAAAAUUCAGCAUUGAUGUUGAAAUUUUCUCGGAAAAAAAGUCCCACUUACCUACUGACCCAAUUUUUUCAUCCUGGGUAGGGAGAAAGCAAGCAAAUAUUACUUCAAAAUUGGCAUAAGCUUUGCAAUUUUAAAUGGACUUAAUAACAAAUUUUAUCAAACAUUGUACUGUAAUUGUGUAUGCCCAGGGCACCAUUUAGCUUAGAUGCAGAGUCCUACUGGAAUUGCCCCCCUUCCCCUCCAGCUUAUUUAAACAAAUAUCAAUAUCUGACCCAGUCAUAUACAUGUUUUAAUGCAUGCAUUUUUUUACCCAUCAGAUGUAAUUGUAAUGAGUCCAAUUUUAGUCCUACCAAAUGUUCUUACGAUUACCAUUAAAGAAGUAAUGCAAAAAAUCACCAAAAAUAAGAAAGUACAAAAGCAGUUUUUUAAAAUAUAUCUAAUCCUUCACAGUAUUUCCUGUUAACCACUACACAUGUCAAGUCUCUUUACCUAUAACCGGGACGCCUAAGCAUACUCUUUUUGGGGUAACCCAAAAGCACUCCCCACGACAUAUCUAAAAUAGUAGUAGCGUAUUCUUUUGGUGGUUUUCAUAAGUUUUUUAAUAAAAAAAAAUGUCUUAAUGACUGAGGGAAAGCUAAGUUAUGUAAACGUUUCUUUCUUCCUAGCCUACAUUGUAUAUACAGCAGCAUGUCAACUACAAGAAAAUCACCCUGGGUACCGGUAUUUGAACUUCUCUUAUUAAAAAAAACCCUGCUUAUCUUUCCUUAAUACAAUUUUAAUUAAAAAAAAAGUUACCAUUGA